GGCAGCAUUGUUAUCUUAGGACACUCAUCUGGUGUCUGAGUCUGCAGGUGACACUGGUUAGGUACGGAGCGCGGAGUCGGAGCAGGGACGCGCCGGGCUGCAGCCCUGGGAUGGAACCCGCCUGCCUCGGAAGCUGCUCGCCGCUGCUCCGGCAGCGCCUCCGCUGAGCUCGGAGGUUCCCGUUAACACUUGCCCGGGGACGUGCACCUGCGGUACGGUGCGAGCUCGGGGCAGGUCUGCAGGCAGCCGGGAGAGCAGUGAAGCCGGAGGAACUGUCUUCGCCCAAGUGCAAGGCAGUGAUUUCGGGAGAAAGAGAGAGAGGGGGCGGGUGAGUCUCUAGAGUUGGAAGGAAAGCAAGAUCUUGGGUGUCUUUUCCCUGGAGGGACAGGGGACUCCCCCAUCUGGGUUUUGCACUUUCCUUCCCUCUCCCACCCGCGUGUGCCCUGGCCUGGCGCCGAAGCCCCACUUCAAGCAUGCUUUGGGUGACGGGGACCCUCGCUGCUCAGCAGGAAGGCAGCAGGCAAGUGGUGUAACGGCGACGGCGGCGGCAGCAGCAAAGCGGGGAGCAAGAGAAUUUGAAAAGAGACAUCCGCUCCCUCUCAGGAGGGGGAGGCAUUCGCGUUUCCCCAAAUGAGAAGGAGCCACAAGAAAUCAUGAAGUAAAAACUUUGGAAAGCUGCCACUGGAGAUGUUGCACGAAAACCUGGAAUGUUUCAGGAGUCUCCUCCCAGUCCGUGAAGGUUUGGGGAGCAGCUGAUACUGCAAGGAGGGCUCUUGCAAGGAUUCAAGCGCCAGGAGCCCUGGAGGAGCGGCACGGAGGCGGAGAGCGUGGCGAGAGAAUGAAGACACCAACCGGCCGGGAGAAGCAUGAGGUGGCAGUGUGGCACUCGGUUUAGGGGGCUCGGGCCGGCGGCGGCCCCGUGGGCAGCCCUGCUGGCGCUGGGCCUCCCGGGCUGGGUGCUGGCGGUCUCGGCCACGGCCGCCGCGGCGCUCCCCGAGCAGCAUGCGUCCCCCGCCGGCCAGCCGCCCCUGGACUGGCUGCUCAGCGACCGCGGCCCGUUCCACCGCGCGCAGGAGUACGCCGACUUCACGGAGCGCUACCGGCAGGGCUUCACCACCCGGUACAGAAUCUACAGGGAGUUUGCCCGUUGGAAAGUAAACAACUUGGCUCUGGAAAGGAAGGACUUCUUCAGUUUGCCAUUGCCUCUAGCACCAGAGUUUAUCCGGAACAUUCGCCUCCUCGGAAGGAGACCCAACCUACAACAGGUUACCGAAAACCUGAUUAAAAAGUACGGCACUCAUUUCUUACUUUCUGCCACCCUUGGAGGAGAAGAGUCCCUGACCAUUUUUGUGGACAAGCGAAAACUGAGCCGCAAGACAGAGACAGCAGGAAGUGCUCCUGUAGUUGGGGGCAGUGGAAACAGCUCUGCCGUGUCCCUGGAGACCCUGCACCAGCUGGCAGCCUCCUACUUCAUCGACAGAGAGAGCACACUGAGGCGGCUGCACCAUAUCCAGAUAGCCACAGGGGCCAUCAAGGUCACGGAGACCAGGACCGGCCCUCUGGGCUGCAGCAACUACGACAACCUGGACUCGGUCAGCUCUGUCCUGGUACAGAGUCCAGAGAACAAAGUGCAGUUACUCGGCUUGCAGGUGCUGCUGCCGGAGCACCUGCGUGAGCGCUUUGUGGUGGCUGCGCUCAGCUACAUCACGUGCAGCUCGGAGGGAGAGCUUGUCUGCAGGGGGAGUGACUGCUGGUGCAAGUGCAGCCCUGCCUUCCCGGAAUGCAACUGUCCCGACGCAGACAUCCAGGCCAUGGAGGACAGCCUGCUGCAGAUCCAGGACUCCUGGGUGACCCACAACCGGCAGUUUGAGGAGUCAGAGGAAUUCCAGGCCCUGCUGAAAAGGCUACCUGACGACAGGUUCCUGAACUCCACGGCCAUCUCCCAGUUCUGGGCCAUGGACACCAGCCUUCAGCACCGCUACCAGCAGCUGGGAGCCAGCCUGAAACUGCUGUUCGAGAAGACCCGUCGGAUUGUCCGCCGGCUCUUCAACCUCUGUAAGCGCUGCCCCCGGCAGCCUCGCUUCCGCCUGCCCAAGGAGAGGUCCUUGUCCUACUGGUGGAACCGAGUCCAGUCCCUCCUCUACUGUGGAGAAAGCACCUUCCCUGGCACCUUCCUGGAACAGAGCCACAGCUGCACCUGCCCCUAUGACCAGUCUUCCUGCCAGGGCCCCAUCCCGUGUGCCCUGGGGGAAGGGCCUGCGUGCGCCCACUGUGCUCCGGACAACAGCACACGCUGCGGGGGCUGCAACCCAGGCUAUGUGCUGGCCCAGGGCUUGUGCCGGCCGGAGGUGGCCGAGUCCCUGGAGAACUUUCUGGGGCUGGAGACAGACCUGCAGGACCUGGAGCUGAAGUACUUGCUGCAGAAGCGGGACAGCCGCAUCGAGGUGCACUCCAUCUUCAUCAGCAACGACAUGCGCCUGGGCAGCUGGUUUGACCCCUCGUGGCGGAAGCGCAUGCUGCUCACGCUUAAGAGCAACAAGUACAAGCCGGGGCUGGUGCACGUUAUGCUGGCCCUGUCCCUGCAGAUCUGCCUCACCAAGAACAGCACGCUGGAGCCCGUCAUGGCCAUCUACGUCAACCCGUUCGGGGGCAGCCACUCUGAGAGCUGGUUCAUGCCUGUGAGUGAGGGCACCUUCCCCAACUGGGAGAGGACUAACGUGGACGCGGCCGCCCAGUGCCAGAACUGGACUAUCACUUUGGGAAACAGGUGGAAGACCUUCUUCGAGACAGUCCAUGUUUACCUACGGAGCCGAAUCAAGUCCCUGGACGACAGCUCCAAUGAGACAAUCUACUACGAGCCCCUGGAGAUGACCGAUCCCUCCAAGAACUUAGGAUACAUGAAAAUCAACACCCUGCAGGUCUUUGGCUACAGCCUCCCCUUCGACCCGGAUGCCAUCCGGGACUUAAUUCUCCAGUUAGACUACCCGUACACGCAAGGUUCCCAGGACUCCGCCCUCUUGCAGCUCAUAGAGCUUAGGGACCGGGUAAACCAGCUUUCUCCACCCGGCAAAGUCCGGCUUGACCUUUUCUCCUGCUUGCUCCGGCAUCGGCUCAAGCUGGCCAACAAUGAGGUGGGAAGGAUCCAGUCCUCCCUGAGGGCUUUCAAUUCCAAGCUGCCAAACCCCGUGGAGUAUGAGACAGGCAAGCUCUGUAGCUAACGGGGGCCCCGCUCCAGUGCUGGGCAGGGAGGUGGUCCAGGGUGAUCCAUGAAUCCGGGGUGCAGAGAUCAUCCGAGCCCUCACCUUAGUGCCAACAGGGCUCUCCCUUGAGCCUUGCAGCACCCAGCCAACGGGACCUCAGGGCUUGGACUGAAGCAGGCUGGAGAGAAAGGAACCGCCACUGCACACAUGCACACACCACAUGCGUGCGUGCACACAUGCACACACUCUCACUCACACAGGGAGGCUACAACUCAGCAGCCUCAAAUCUGUAAAGUCGGUGCUUUCAAGUGAACGCAGUUGAAGGAGAGGAGCCAAGGGAGAGAUUAAGCAAAAGAACCAGCCAAACCAUGAAAAGGUAAAUCCUGAAAAGUGAUUCUUAGCAUUCAAGAAAGCAAGAGGGGCCACAGCGGUAGGAACAGGAGCAGUUCCUGACCCCCCUCCGUGGAGUCACUUUUGUAUCCUUUUUAACCCGAUUUCUUAAAAAUGGUGUUGUUUUGUGAUGCCCCACGUUGGUUCUUACUUUUUGUAUGCUGCCUCGUCUGCGCCCUCCCAGACACUGCUUCUCAAGCCGGCUCCCCCGAGAAACUCAAGGUGACACCGACAGAGGACCGCAAGGGCAGGCAGGCAGGCUUGCUCUGCGCCCCACUCCUCCCUCCGGCCCCCUGGCUUCCUCAGCCUCCCCACUCUGCUCCAUGUUCCCCUCGUGGUCCAGCUGGAGCUCCUCUUGCACACACCUGUUCUGUCCAAGAGAGCAGCUCUGUCAAGUUAGAAAGAGACGAUGUAUAGGGAAAUGUUCUUUUUUAAAAACAAAACAAAACGAAAAUAUUUAUUUUGUGAUUGUUUUCUUUGUCAAUCUGCUCCAGUCACAUGAACAUAUGAGUAAAAGUUUACCUGGUUUAAUAUAUUUUCUUAAAAGACCUUUUUUAGGGGAAAAAUGAGAGAGAAAAAGAGGGGAAAAAAAGGGUAUAGCUCCUUGGGCUGCCUGGGUUUUUUGUUUUUGUUUUUUUCCUAAUUGCUCCAUGUGUGAUGCAUGGGCAGUCAUGGAUGGUGGCUAUUGCUGCGGGGGAGGCUGGUUGAUGAGUGUAUGCUCUCACAAGUGAGCGAGGUCUGGCUUGACUGGCUGUGUGUGUGUGUGUGCAUGUGUGUAUGUGGGGGUUGUUAAAUGAAGAAUGGAGUGAAGCAGAACUCUCCCAGAGUUAUCUGGAUACCUGCCAUCCCCCGCCCCUUUUCGCAGGCAUGAGAACUUACACAAGUCCUAUAACCAAGAUUUCCCGCUAUCAGGAGAGUAGCGUCCAAGUCCCUGCUCACAAGGGGAACUGCAGGCUUGGUGCUGGGCAAAUGCCGACUAACGGGGGCUCCUCUUUGCCGCCGCUGCUGCGGACAUCUGGAGAGUUUCCCAUCCUCUCUGCGCCUUAUGAAGGAUGCAUUGGUUUUCUCCAUUUUGUCUGAUGACCACUUUUGCAGCCUAAAAAGCAGGUUGGAUGUACACCACACAGAAUAAGGCAUCAUUCUCACCAUAAUGCCUCCCCCAGGUGGUCUGAGAAGCAUUUCAUAGCAAAUCUCUUGCAGAACCUCUUCCCUGUCUAUUCUCCACAGGCUCCAAGUACAAUGUGGAGGCAUGAUGGACCCCCAUUUUCUUCAGGCGAAAGUCACCACAUACAUACUAAGUACUCCAUUCCCGACCUGGGCUGUAUCUCAACUGGUACAAAAUGAACUGGGAGAUGGAAAGGAUGGCCAUAUCAAUGUGCCCAAGAGCCUUCUACGUUUAUUGUUGCCUAGAGAAGAAUUCGGCAUCCGAUUUAAUCAUGGCACCGUAUUUCAACCCACAAGGACCUGAAAUGCUUGGUAGAUAAGCAGCCUCCAGCAUUUCUUUCUUCACAAUUCCCCUGGAGCCUUCUAGGGUAGAAAUCCAGAGAAUCCAGGGGUGGACACAGGUAUUGGCUAUUUCUACUCAGCCACGGCUUGCUUUGGGGAAUUUAUACCAAGCCACUCAACUGUGGAAGAUGGAACCAGCAGACGUCAUCUUCGUCAGUGGGGUAUUGACAGGCCAGAGGAGUGUGCUGUUGUGGGGAAGGAGGUUGCCAGGGCUAGAAAGGCGUUGAUACUUUGCAGUGAUGGGGUUUGAGAGGUGUAAGACAGAUACCAGAGUCAUACUUCAGCGCUCACUCUGCAUGGCUCCACACUGUAGGACGGGGUGGGCACAGGCUCUUGCCCGGGAAUUAAAGGCGCACCGUGCAUAGUAGUAUUCAGAGGAGGAGAGCUGCCGAGAAGGCGCUGUGCAGGAAGCGUACACCUUCAGUGGCGUAAAGGUACUGCCCUGGCGAGAACUCGGUCAGUACGUGAGGCUCAGGUCUUACUGGGGCCAGUGCCACAGGGUAAGGGUGAGAAUCCCCAGUUGUCAAAGUCUCUGAAUCAGACCAGACUGGGGAAAAGCCUGCCUACAGAGUUGUGCUUCUUAUCUUAAAAAGGGUGUUGUGUCUUCUUACCUCAGACUCCUCGUCUUAGGAAGGCUCUGGGAAGAUGAUGGUGCCAUGUAUUAAGAAUUUAGAAAUAGAUGCACACAGUUUACGAAGAUUUCCACUUCUUGCCGGCUCGAAGGCUGAAACCACAAAGCUGAGUGUAUCAAGUCCAUUUAAAAGCACUAUUACAUAUUGGUAAAUAUUUAGGAGUGCCCUUGUGAGCCCAGAUACAGAACCAUAUGUACCAUAUUGACAGAAGGCCUAAAAGACAUUAUUAAUUAAUCACAGUAGAAGAAAUGUUUCUAUUUGACCUACUCAUCCGUUAUCUGUUGUGGAUCCCUGACUCUUCGGUUCUGAGACAGUGAUGGGGUGUUUGGUGUACCAGAGCUUGAGUCAAAGCAACAGACCAAAGAUUUUGUUUCUGGAAAGCAAGUGAAAGAAGGGAGGGGGUGAAUAGGGGGUAAAGGAUGGGAAGGCAAAAUUCCUUAGGAGGUUUUUAAAGGCUUGAAACCAUGGAUUCAGCAUACAGUUUCUCAGAAAGCCAGGCUAAGAAAUGCCACAAUGUGAAAAGGCUGUCCCUAGUCAAAACUGUCACCUUGAAAGUCUAUAAUAAAUCAGAAGAUGUGAACAACCUAUUCUUAUACACAGUUGAAAAUAAAGAAUUGUCAUUAAUUAAUUAGUACUGGGCUGUCAAUGUUGGUGAACUCAAUGUAGAAUUAAGAGCCAAAUCACAAUUCAGUUAUCGGAUAUAACAAUCAGGAAUCCAAGCCUUAAUUGUAACCCCGAAGAACUAAUACAUCAAAUGCUAAUCUGUCCUAAUGCUCGAGACUAAUACCUCUAAUACUAAAUAACACGUUUAAUGCCCCCUGCUAAUAAUAUAAUGCUAUGUUCUGCAAUCAUAUUCAUGCAUCCAAGGCCAAAAAAUUAAAUGAAGAUCUCUUCAAAUACAGGGAAUCACAAAGAGUUGAGACCCAAUUCUUGGCUUCUUUUCACAAAUAUGAACGUAGUCAUCGUGAUGGGCAGAGCUGCCUUAUGAGUAGAUGGGAUAUGUUGCCUCCAUAAUGUCCUGCCCCAGAAUAUCACCUCCAAGGCCUGUGGUUUCAUUGUGUGAGUCUAUUCUCUUGCAUAUAGGAGAGAUCUUUUUUUUUUGCCAUUAUAUUUUGUAUGAAAAGUAAAAUGCCCCUAGGAAGAAAUAACUCUUAGGCGUUAACCCACUGGCAAAAUCAAGGAUGAGAUUUUUGGAGCUGGAAGGUUUUUAGAGGCCAUCUAGUCUACCUGCUUCUGACAUGAGGGAGAAGAGGCCAGAGAACUUGCCCGAGGUUGUAUCCAUCAGCAGGGAAGGAAGAGCAGUCUUUCUCCCCUACCUCUUUCUGCCAGAGAAUGAUAGCUGGGUCCUGGGAGAUGACAGGGACCUAGUUUCAGGGCUUGGGAGUGUGAGGGUGGGGAAGGGCAGACACAUUUCUGGGAAGGAAAAGAGGACUUCCAAGAGGUAGGAGUAUCCUCCCAUCUUCUCCUGGGAGUGGAUCUAGCAAAAGUAAUCAGCUGUUGUAACAACUGAAAGGCAAAGGCGAAAGUCUCUCCCCUGAGAAGCUGUAAGCAUGGAGUAGACAUGUUUCCAUCUAGGCUGGAGAGAGAGGGAUCAAUUUGCUGGUUUCCUGAUAACUCUAUCAGCUCAAUGAUUUUUAAUUACAACAUCCUGCCUCUGAUUGCUUGCUGUUUUCUCUACCACCAAUUAGAGUUUGAAUACCAUUACAAAUCCAGUAACUUCUGCAAACCAUCUUUGUUGUGAGGGCUAGAGAUGUCUAGGUACUAAAAACAUGCAAAGGCUAUAGGCUGUGCAGUCCCUAUGGCAAAUAUAUGACCUUGGUCUAAGGCCAUGGCAGAGACUAUUAAUGAGGCAACACUCUGCUGUGCAGUAAGAGUGCUUGCUCUGUCCAGCAGUAGAGUGAGAAUACAGACCAGGAGCCACUGAGACACACAACUGGCCCCUGGCCUGGAAGGGAGAGGCUGAAAAAUUCAGGUUAUGUGACUGGCUACAGACCCCCCCCUUUUAUUGGUUUUUUAUUCCGCGUCUGCCACCAGCCAGCUCUGUAACUGUGAGCAUGUCAAGCCACUUCUCUGAGCCCCCGUUUCCUCCCCUGAGGACAAGGGAAUUGGAUUUCUUACGCAGAUAUGAGGGGUCCUUCUACUGUUAUCCUUUUAUGCCCUUAAAGGCAGUGUGGCACAGGAGACAGUGUAGGCCAUUAAGUCAGACAGACCUGAAUUUGCAUGUUGGCUCUGCACUUGUAUUUAAGUGACCUUAAUUCUUGAUUUAUCCCCUUAGCUGUAACCCAAAUGCUUUAUCCCCUAAGAUUUCCCUAAGAUUUUUCUUUCCAUUCUCUUUCUGAACACUCACCUCUCUGCAUACUUUUGCCCAAUCCUUCCCAACUUCCAGAAUACAUAUAUGCUUUCAAAUCCCUAAAACUCAAUCCCAUUUCUUUCUUCUUUCCCUCCUCCUUCCCUUCCCUCCCUCCUUCCUUUCCUCCCAUCCUUCCCCCCUCCCUUCUUUUGGUAAGUGCUAGGCACUAGGGUAGGUGCAGAAUAGUCAAGACUCUAUGUGUUUCUGGGCCAUGAAAAACUGUACAGUAUAAUGUGGGGGAUGGGGAUGAGUAAGCAAGUCAGAGCGGUGCAUUCUCCAGUAGAGAUGUACAAAGCAUUGGUGGUAUACAGAAGGGGAGAAAAUUACUCCCUGGGACGCACUAAUGACAUUUGCUAUGAACUCUAAUAACCAUGGAAGCAAUACCCCGGGUCUCUAGGUGUUCUACACGUCAGUGGAGGGAAAGAUCUAACAGACAACAUGUGUGCCCCUUCUCAGAGAGCAGAAAGGAGCAAGGGUGGCAUCAGAGCCCCGCUGAAGGCACACAGCCAGUCAGUGCCCUUAUUCGUGACUCCUGAGCACCACACCAGCAUCUUAUGAUUCCAUCCGAGCCACACUCAAGGGACAGCCUUGGGAGGUCUGUUCGGUAGGGCAGCUGCUUUCCCUCCUUGCGGCUGAGGUAUUCUGAAACCAGUGCUUUGCCAGCCUUACUGUGCAUGACUCACUGCAGAUUCAGACUCAGCAGGCCUGAGUGAGGCCCCAGAUUCUUCACGUCUAACCAGCUCUCCGGAGAUGCUGCUGCAGCUGGUCCAGAGACCGGACUUUGAGGAGCAAGUUCUUGGAGAGUAUGCGUGUCAUUUUCCUGUGGCACUCAGGACUCUCAAGUGGGAAUCUACCAGAAACUACAGGGGCUAAGAAACCAAAAGGUCAGUAAUGUCUGGCUAGGAGGUGAGGCCCUCACUUAUGAAAAUCUUGGUGCUCUCUAAUUUCUCAACCACAUAGGGGCCAGGUAUCAGACCUAUAGAUACUAGUAAGGUAAGAAAAGGGAGGAGGGAGGAAAGAAAGGAAACUUAACUAAUCAAAAUUCUGCAAGCUGAGAGCUAGCUUGCUUACGAAUGUGUUUACAGAUAAGCAGCCCCACAGACCAGCUGAAUCAUGCUGGCUGAAUAAAGGUCUUUCCCCCAAGCCUAUCAGACGAAGUAAAUCUGUUCAGAAGUGGGUCAGGGAGUACCUGUCACUCCGUGGAAACAUAUAUCAGAUAAGAUGAUUAAAU